AUGGAGAUUUGUCAGAUGCAUCAAUGUUUAUUUAAUAUUGAUGGUAAUACUGUUCAAUUGAAAAAUUCUCUUAAUGAUAAUCUUGAUCAAUUUUUAUUUGAUAGAUUAACACAAUUAAAUAAUGAUGCUAUUCGACAAACAACAAAUAAUCAUCAUGAUGAUUAUAGUCGUUUAAUACAUUUAUGUGGUUUAAUAGCUCGACGUACAUCUAAUGAAGAUAUAUUUCUAUUUGUUUUAUUUAUAUUAAGAAAUAGUUUAGCAACAACAAUCACAAAUUGA